CGCUACGGUCACGUGGGCCUUGGUGUCAAAUGCUCCAAAGAAGUGGCCACUGUCAUCCGGGGGGCCAUCAUCUUGGCCAAGCUGUCUAUUGUGCCAGUCAGGRGGGGCUACUGGGGCAACAACAURGGCAAACCCCACACCGUGCCUUGCAAGGUCACCGGUCGAUGUGGCUCAGUUCUGGUGCGCCUCAUCCCUGCACCACGUGGUACUGGGAUCGUUUCUGCCCCAGUUCCCAAGAAGCUGCUGKUGAUGGCUGGCAUCGACGACUGCUACACCUCGGCCAGGGGCUGCACAGCUACAUUGGGCAACUUUGCCAAGGCCACUUUUGACGCCAUCUCCAAGACCUACAGCUAUCUGACCCCCYACCUCUGGAAGGAGACAGUCUUCACCAAAUCUCCAUAUCAGGAGUUUACCGACCACCUGGUGAAGACCCAUGCCACUCGAGUCUCUGUGCAGAGAACCCAGGCAGCCGCUGUGGCCACUACUUAAGAGGAAKCGCMUUUAAGAUGKAAAUGUUCAA